ACUAUCAACUCGAUACAGAGAAAGCAAUAUAAAGAAUCAAACAAGGAGCAGUGUGAAGAAGCAGCGAGGACGACCCCCGGACGGACCAAACCCGCGCGCCGCUGUAAACCCGUGAUCAGCGCCGAUGUCCCCUGCCGCCGCCAUGCGGCUGAAGGGGAUGCUAAAGGAGACAAAGCCAAGGUGAAGGACGAGCCACAGAGGAGAUCUGCAAGGUUGUCUGCUAAACCUCCUCCUCCAAAGCCAGAGCCCAAGCCUAAAAAGGCCUCUGCAAAGAAGGGAGAGAAGGUACCCAAGGGGAAGAAGGGGAAAGCGGAUGCCGGUAAGGAUGCGAGCCAUCCUGCAGAAAACGGGGAUGCCAACACAGACCAGGCCCAGGAAGCGAACGGUGCUGGAGAUGACGUGUGUGCGUUUUUGAUAACUGUGUACUUCUGGUAA